GUUUUUUGUUUUGCUUCAUCUUUUUCUUCACUGUGUAAGUUAGCCAGCUGGCAGUUGGCUGACUGUAUUCCUGUUUUAGGGUGAAAAAGGAAAAAAAAAAGAAGAAAAAAAAAAAAAAACCAUCCGGUACAUUCUGGAGAUAACCGAUAGUCACUGCUGUGUCUGGUAGGAACGCUCCCAGAAUCGCUUGCUGCCGAUCCCGGGCCUCGAUCCGGCGCGGAGGAGCGGCGGUAGCUGGAGCCUUGGAUGGAGACCAGAGACGGGAGAGACGGGAGAGACGGGAGGGACGGUCCCGGCGGACCGGAUGGCUUGAUCUGCGCCUCCUUCAACCAAGACACCACGUCAUUGGCCGUUGGAACCAAGACUGGAUACAAACUCUUCUCUGUGACUUCCGUUGAUCGGCUGGACUGCAUCCAUGAAAGCGCAGAAACCCCUGACGUGUACAUUGUGGAGCGCCUGUUCUCCAGCAGCCUGGUGGUGGUGGUCAGCCUGGCCCUUCCUCGCCGUAUGAACGUCUACCAUUUUAAAAAGGGAACAGAGAUCUGCAACUACAGCUACUCCAACAACAUCCUGGCUGUCCGUCUCAACCGCCAGAGGCUGAUUGUUUGUCUGGAGGAAUCCAUUUACAUACAUAACAUCAAGGACAUGAAGCUGCUGAAGACUCUUCUCAACACACCUUCCAACCCCACAGGCCUCUGCGCUCUCUCCAACAACCAUUCCAACUCGUACUUAGCCUACCCCGGCAGCGCCACUAUUGGGGAGAUAAUCGUGUAUGACGCAAACAGCCCGAGCACCGUGACCACGAUCCCUGCCCACGACAGCCCCUUGGCAGCAGUCACCUUCAACGCUUCGGGCACCAAGCUGGCCAGCGCCUCGGAGAGGGGCACCGUGAUCAGAGUGUUCAGUAUUCCGGAGGGAACGAGGCUAUUCGAGUUCCGCCGGGGGAUGAAAAGGUACGUCAGCAUCAGCUCGCUGUCCUUCAGCGCUGAUGCCCAGUUCCUCUGUGCCUCCAGCAACACGGAGACAGUGCACAUAUUCAAGCUCGAGCAGCACAGCCCCAGUCAAGAAGAGGAGUCUCCCACCUGGUCCGCCUAUGUGGGGAAGAUGUUCUCGGCCGCUAGCAACUACCUCCCCGCGCAGGUGUCCGACAUGAUGAACCAGGACCGCGCCUUUGCCACAGUGCGGCUCAACAUUUUCGGGUUGAAGAACGUCUGUGCCCUGGCCACGAUCCAGAAGUUGCCACGCCUCUUGGUGGCCUCCUCUGAUGGGUAUCUCUAUAUAUACAAUGUGGAUCCCCAGGACGGGGGGGAAUGUGUGCUGGUCAAAAAACACAGGCUGUUUGAUUCUAAUGAUGAGCUCAAGGAAUCUGUGAAUGAGUCGGAGAACAAAGAGGCUUCGCCACCUAGUCAGUCUUAUGCUGCCACAGUAGCCAUCCCCACGGUAGCGCCUUCCUCUACAGCCCUUACUGGAUACUCAGAAGAUGGCGGCAUGAGGAAGGGGGAGGUGAUCCCAGAGCACGAAUUUGCUGCAGGACCCGUGUGUCUGGAUGAUGAGAAUGAGUUCCCUCCUAUAAAUUGGUGCCGCGACGGGACUCGGAGCGGCAAAGGGAGACGGACGUGAGGUUAGAGCUCGGGUGGCGGCCCACGGGGAGGAGGCUAUGGCUGAAGCUGGAGGCCAGCAGAAACAAACUCACUGUAGGGUGCUACACUUCUUCUGACUAACGCAGAAGCAGGAAAGAACAAAGGAAAAAAAUCCUUCAGGGCCAGGACUGUGUUAGCAAAUGCCUGAAGGGUGUGUUAUAUGAAUGGGUGCAUGACUGAACAGAAAUAUAACCAUGUGUAAUAGUUUACAUGACCAAUAAGAUUAUAAUGAAAUAUUAUGGUAUUUAAUCUUAAUGAAGUGUAACCAUUUUUAUUAUUUUUCUUUUUUUU